AUGCCCCCACAACCCCACCCCCUGGCCACGCUCGCGCAGAUCCUCGACACGCCGAGCAGCGCUGACGGCGUGCCCUCCGACCUCGAGGCCGACCUGCGCGUCGCGGGGUGCAUGCUCAUCCAGGAGGCGGGCAUCCUUCUCGAGCUGCCACAGAGCACCAUGGCCACCGCGCAGGUCGUCUUCCACCGCUUCUUCUACGUCUCGUCCCUAGCGACGUUCGGCGUCAACGACCUCUCCGUCUCGUGCCUCUACCUCGCGACCAAGCUCAACGAGACGCCCGUCCGCCUGCGCGACCUGAUAAACACGUACAUGUUCCUGCAGGCAAGGGUACAGCACCUCCUAUCUCUGCCCGUAGGCAGCGACCUGAGCGCGCUCGCGCUCGGCGGGAAACUGUGGGACGGGCUCAAGUUUGACGUGCCGAGCUUCCACAGCACCGUGUUUUGGGAGUGGAAAGACGCAAUCCAGUACAACGAGCUCCAGAUCCUCAAGCGCCUCGGAUUCAACAUGCAGGUCGACCUGCCGUACUCCCAUGUGGUGAAUUACCUGCGCAUCCUCGACCUCGUGUUCGAGGGGGAUAUCGCGCAGCGGUGCUGGUCCAUCCUGAAUGACGCCCUCCUCACGCCCCUGUAUGCCCAACAACCACCGCACGUCCUCGCCGUGACGUCUAUUCUCCUCGCUACGCGCCUCGAGCGCAUACCGCUCCCAGAAGGCUGGUACCUCCUCUUUGACGUUGAGUGGGAGGAUAUCUGGCCGUCCUGCGGGCGCAUCAUGGAGCUCUGGCACGAGUGGGGCGUCGCGCCCAUCCCUGGCGCCGUGGACGCCGCGCCCGAGACGCCCGACGAGCACAAGGCCAAGGAGAACCGCUGGCGCCGUGCGUGGGUGCUCGCUGAGAGCCGCAAGGCCGUCAGAAAGUGGGUUGCGGAGCGCGCGCCGAGCGCCGAGGGCGACAAGUAGGGAGGACGAGACGACGACGACAACCACGAUACCCAGCACAUCUAUACCAUUACACAUGCC